AUGCACAGCCAGCGAACUCCUCGACGCGACGCCGUUUUCCACAUCAAGGAUGGCGGUAUGGUGGAAAAGCAGAGGCUGCCUUUGGCAAUGGCAACGUCGAUGUCUGCCAGGACGACGGCGCAGCCUGGCGGGGGCGGCGAAAGUACGAAGGAAAAAGCUUUCUGCACCACUCUCAGAUCCCAUUGGGUGACAAGCACUCAGUCGAUGGCUCCGGCAUUCUCUCCUCCCGAGACCAACGAGCCAACAGGCACCUGGUACGAGCAAGCCGACAGGGUAUUUCGGUUCUUCGGGUUCAUCGUCGACCAAGUGGAUCCAACGAGCCGACAGGUGUACUGCUGUACUCUCCUACGAACGUCCGAAAUACAUUAACCGGAGCACGGAAUAUUGCUACUUUGCAUCUCACGUCCCUGGAUCACCAUUCAUUGCUUGAUUUAGAUCUUUAGAUCAACGUCGGAGGAGGGAACUCACUGGCUCUGUACGUCUACCAGUGAUUCCUCCGACAUGAAUUGAGAACGGCAGCAAGACGAUAGUGCUACAGAAGUAGCAGAGUAUCAAGCGGCCAGUGUUUGGCGAGCCUGAAUUAAACAGAAGGCCUCCGCAACAGUAAUAUCGAACAGCAGUACGCCUACCUGUGCCUGAUGUGUUGUGGCACCUUAAGGGUACCCGGACAACCUCCUGCUAUGUUGCCUAAUUUCGAAAACAAACGCAAGAGCGCCAGAAAAUGCACUAGAGACACAUAUGACCAGUCGGAAGGCAUCGCAAAAAAAACAAGUCCAAAAUUCUGGCACAGGGCAGCAGUAGAGACCGCUCAAAACGUGCUUUUCGCGCGUCUACCUCCACACGCAUCCUUUGAAACCAAGAUAAAAAUCCACACCAGUCUAAAUUCAAGUCAAAAGAGCCCAAACGGAAGGCGCUCAAAUAAGGCCGGUGUUGCUAGGAACCUGGUCCAUUGUACCAAUAUCACUAGAGGACACCCUAUAGCAGCGGGGGGGUGUGUUGGCGCGCUCAAAACUUCUUCUGUGGUGGUGGUAUCGAGUGUCGUUGUAGUGGCCCACAAUCUCCGCAAAUCUCCGCAAGUUAGAUCGACACCCAGUGUCUUGUACUGCUUGUGCUCGCCGCCACUGAACCCAAUCUUCUGAACUGCAGGUUUACAGCAGUAGCUGAUGCCACCAGCUACUGCUGACAACCCGCAGUUGAGGGGUUGGCGGUCCGUGGUGGUGAGCACCGCUGUGACAAGUGUUGGGUUCCGCUUGGUUCCGGCGCAGAUUUCGGACCGUUUUCAGAGGCUGCUGCGACCUUCGAUAUUUCAGCCCCAGUAGUAUACCUGAACGUGCCAGCACGCACGACGCCUCUUGAUGAUAUCCUCUACUGAUACUAGCACAACGGACCAGGUUCCUCCGGCGGGAAGGUUGUUUUCUUUCUUUGUACUGUUAUAAAGUAUGAGAAAAGAGCCAGCGUCAAAAUCCCUUGUCUGGGUACC